AUGAAUGCGUUACCAAAACAAGUCAUGUGCUUUCAGUUUAUAAAAUGCCCCAGAGACAGCCUGUUUGCUAAACUAAAAAAGCUGAGUGAAGACAGUUUGACUAAACAGCCUGAAGAAGUCUUUGAUGUGCUAGAGAAACUUGGAGAAGGGUCUUAUGGGAGUGUAUUUAAAGCAAUCCAUAAGGAAUCUGGUCAAGUUGUGGCCAUUAAGCAAGUGCCGGUUGAAUCGGAUCUUCAGGAAAUCAUCAAGGAAAUUUCCAUAAUGCAGCAGUGUGACAGCCCAUAUGUUGUGAAGUACUAUGGCAGUUACUUUAAAAACACAGACCUCUGGAUUGUCAUGGAGUACUGUGGAGCUGGCUCUGUCUCAGACAUAAUUAGGUUACGAAAUAAAACAUUAACAGAAGAUGAAAUUGCAACCAUUCUUAAAUCUACAUUGAAAGGACUAGAAUAUUUGCACUUUAUGAGGAAAAUACACAGAGAUAUAAAAGCUGGGAAUAUUCUCCUUAAUACAGAAGGACAUGCCAAAUUGGCAGAUUUUGGAGUGGCUGGUCAGUUAACAGAUACAAUGGCAAAACGCAAUACUGUGAUAGGUACUCCAUUUUGGAUGGCUCCUGAAGUAAUACAAGAAAUAGGCUAUAACUGUGUGGCAGAUAUCUGGUCUCUUGGCAUCACUUCUAUAGAAAUGGCUGAAGGAAAACCUCCGUAUGCUGAUAUACAUCCGAUGAGGGCUAUUUUUAUGAUUCCCACAAAUCCACCACCAACAUUCAGGAAGCCAGAACUUUGGUCUGAUGAUUUCACCGAUUUUGUUAAAAAGUGCCUAGUGAAGAGUCCUGAGCAGAGAGCUACUGCCACACAGCUUUUACAGCAUCAUUUUAUCAAGAAUGCAAAACCUGUAUCGAUUUUAAGAGAUCUGAUCACAGAAGCUAUGGAGCUCAAAGCUAAAAGACAUGAAGAACAGCAGCGAGAGCUGGGAGAGGAGGAAGAAAAUUCGGAUGAAGAUGAACUGGAUUCCCACACCAUGGUGAAAACUAGUUCGGAAAGUGUGGGCACCAUGCGGGCCACAAGCACAAUGAGCGAAGGAGCCCAGACCAUGAUUGAACAUAAUAGCACAAUGUUAGAAUCAGACUUGGGCACCAUGGUUAUAAACAGUGAGGAGGAGGACCAAGAAGAUGGAACUAUGAAAAGAAAUGCAACUUCACCACAAGUACAAAGACCAUCUUUCAUGGACUACUUUGAUAAACAGGACUUCAAAAACAAGAGUCAUGAAAACUGUAAUCAGAACAUGCAUGAAUCAUUCCCUGUAUCCAAAAAUGUUUUCCCUGAUAACUGGAAAGUUCCUCAAGAUGGAGACUAUGACUUUUUAAAGAAUCUAAGUUUAGAAGAACUGCAGAUGCGGUUAAAAGCAUUGGACCCCAUGAUGGAACGAGAGAUAGAAGAACUUCGUCAAAGAUAUACUGCAAAAAGACAGCCCAUUCUGGAUGCUAUGGAUGCAAAGAAAAGGCGGCAGCAAAACUUCUGAACCUCCAUUCUUCUGUCUCUGUAGCUCUUCCGGAGAUCAAGAAACCACUAAGAUAUGAAGGACUAGUAUGUUUUUUAAUCCCUAAGAUUUAUAUUCUACAACUGGGCAAGGGUCAAAAACUGAUGGUACAUACCCAAGUGAAUUCCCAAAAGGCAGA